ACAAUUUCCCUUACUCUAUGGACACAUUUGGUAAAGUAAAACACGAAUGGCCAAGCCUAUUUUUUCGAUUUAGUGUUAUACGCUAUUGUUUUUUAUUAUUAUUUUAAUCCUAAAUAUCAAAUUACAAUCAUGGUUGUUAAAGUAUACAUUAGUGGUAUUUCUGGAAACAAGGAGGUGAAAAAGAGACAACAGCGUGUUAUGAUGAUAUUGGAUUCUAAAAACAUUAAAUAUGACAUCAUUGACAUCACGGAACCGGGAAGGGAAGCGGAUAAAGACUUUAUGCAAAACAACUCGACAUCGAACGGAGGGACCGUAAGCGACCCCAACCCGCGGUCCCCGCUACCUCCGCAGAUCUUCAACGACGAGGAGUACUGCGGGGAUUAUGACCAGUUUGAUCUGGCAAAUGAAGUGGAUACACUGGAGGUAUUCUUGAAAGUGGAGCUUCCUCCAGAAGAGCCGCCAGCAGCGGAAGAAAAGGUUGUGAAUGGGGAUGCUGAGAAAACUGAAAAUGAAGAUAGUAAGGCCUCCAAGGAGAACUCACAGGAAAGGGAUACCAAAUCUGUUGAAAAAGAGGGUACUCCUGCACUAAAGGAAGGAUCGCAAGAGAAAGAAGCACCCCCAGCCAAGGAAGGAACCCCUUCAAAAGAAGGGACACCUGCCCCUAAGUCCAAGGAAGGUACACCAGCACCUAAGUCUAAAGAAGCGACACCUGCCCCUGAGUCUAAAGAAGGUACACCAGCACCCAAGUCUAAAGAAGGGACACCUGCCCCCAAGUCCAAGGAAGGUACACCAAUACCCAAGUCUAAAGAAGGUACCCCUGCCCCUAAGUCUAAGGAAGGUACACCUGCUGCAGAUGCCUCGAGGGAAGCUUCACAAGAAAGACAAUCUGUUGAAAAGGAGGCACCAGUUGAAGAAACAAAGACUUCUGAAGUAGAGUCCGCAGUUAAAUCAGCAAAAUCCUCAAAAGAAAGUACACCGCAAAGGGAAAAUGGUUCUGUGGGGUCUCGCGAGCAAUCACAAGAUAAAGAUGAGGCUGUGGUAAAGAAGACUAACCCAUCUGAGGCUUUGAUCGAGAGUGAGCAGGCGGCAGCUGCGGAGUAAAUGACUGGUUAUAUUUACUACUUCUCAGCUCAAAUUAAGCCCCUCUUAGCACUAAGAGCAUAUCCAUUAAGUCUAUUCUGUUAUUUAUGGUGCAUCAUUCGCUUCUUUGGCAUAAUUAGUCAUUGUAUAUAAUGCAAAGAAGUUUUCGUUGAGAACUUGUGUUGUGGCGAUGUAUAGAGUAUCAUGUUAACAAUGAAGUGGCCUAUUAUCGUAAUCAUUAGAUUUAUAACUCAUUUUAAUGAAGUUAAAGAUUAAGAUUUCUAUUUAACAAAUUUGUCCUUCAAUUAAGGCUUGUAUUAUUUUAAAGUAUUAAUAUUUCCUUUUUUUAUUUUUACACAUGAACUAAAAUGGAUUUGUAUUCAAAAUUAAAAAUGUUUUAUUUACUGAUGUAAGUAUUUUACUAAUAAGAUUGAUCUUUUAUUAGGAUUUUAGGUAUCCUUUUUGUAAGACAUCCUGCCGAUUUUUAAGUUCAUUCGUCUUGCCAUGAUUAUAUUGACGAUGAAAUUUUGCUAGAGUAUUAAAUAAUGUAUUUAUAAAAUAAAUUUAAAAAAUGCAGUGUUUAUUUUGCAAAAACUGUUCAUGACAAGUAUAUUUCACUAAUGUUUUAUUAUUAAAGACAGUUUUUAACUAAUUUUUCAUAUGAAUUAUAUAAAUUACUAUAUA